AUGCUUUUAGUUAUAACUGUCUGCGCGAACGGGACCAAGGUUAGGUGGUGUAACGAUAACCCCGACAAUAAAACCCUACCUUCAUGGAACAACGUUGCCGACGGGGCCCAGGUUAUCCUCAACAUAUGCAAGAAGAAGAAGAAGAAUGGGAUCCAGGGAGAACUUGACCAUAAUGACCAUUGGAGAGUUCUCGUUGUCAAAGAGGACUGCUACAUGCAGCCUGGGCCCGAGCAGCCUCGCUCUCUCAACGAUGACUAG